AUGCCGCCACUCAGGGAUCGAUCGGAACGCCGACCAAUCACGUGCAGAAAGCCUCCACUCAGCCAAUGGAGUGGGGGAGAAGAAGAAGAAGAGGCAUUCACAAUUUGGAAAAUGAAGUUUGUUUUAGGAAUUCAUCCUAAUGCCCUGGCAUAUUCCAUGACCACACUAGGUGCCGGAAUGAUGAACAGUAUCUUUAAUUUCUACUAUGUUAAGCUUUUCUUAAACCAAUACAAGAUUUCAGAAGUAGCAUUUCAUCAAGCACAGGUAGUUUUUAUGAUCUGGAAUGCCAUUAAUGACCCUCUCUUUGGGUAUAUUCAAGACAACUCCAAAGUCCCAUGCUGCUCAAGACGUCAGUUUUCAAUUUUAUAUGGAGCACCAUUGUAUGGUUUAGCUUUUCUGCUUCCCUGGUUUCCUUGGAAACAUUAUGAGGAAGGUGACUGGCUUAAUGGUCUUCACCUUAUUGUUGCUUUAUGUGCUUUUGAUGGCUUGCUUACAUUUGUGUUACUAGCACAAUGUGCGCUCUUUGCAGAGAUUUCAACUAGACAUGAAAGUAGACUUCAGCUUAUUAAAUAUAACCAAGUGGCAACAUUAGUUGGAUCAACCAGCAUUCUUUUUUGUGGUCUAAUAUCAGAUAAUAUGGAAAAUUUUGCCUAUUUUCAAAUCUUUACUGUUUUGGUUGCAGCACUAGCAACUGCUUGUAUGUGUUACACUGGCAUAUAUAGCACAAGUCAGUAUGAACAGAGAGAAACUGCUGUGGAGAACACUAGCUUAGAAAAUAAUGAUAAAGCUCUCUCCUGGUCCUCUGUAAUUUCAUUGACCAAACAGAUAAUGACGCAGAAAAACUUUAUACUUUUUGUGACCAUGAACUUCUUUCAAGUCUUCCACCUAGCCUUCUGCAACAAUUUCAUGAUGAUCUUUGCGGAUAAUCUCAUCCCUAAGGAUGUCCUUUCCUCUUUUAUAAGAAGCAUCAUGUAUGGGGCUGGCUUUAUUUGUCCUCAGUGCCUUGUGCUUCUCAGUCAUACUUUGCUGAAGAAGUUUGGUUAUUACAGGAUCAUCUUGUUUUCCUUUUACUUAGAAGGAAUAGCUGCAGCUGUCAUGUUUGUUCUCGGACCAGAACACUACUACCUGCUAGCUAUUUAUCUCACGACAAACAUGGUAAUUGUUCAAGCGUCAUUCAGUUUGUUUAAUCUGCCCUUGGCAGAUAUUGUUGAUGCAGACUUAAUAAAACACAAACGGAGAUCACCACUUUCCUCCAUGGUUUUUGGUACCAAUGCUUUAUUUACUAAGCCUGCCCAGUCUUUGGCUCCUAUGCUUGUGGUUACAAUACUAAAUCAAUUUGGAUAUGAGAACCUGAAUAAUAAAUUUUCUCAGCCUGAUCCAAGUUUGUUCUUAGGUCUUCAUGAUGCUAUGUUCUACUUGAUCUGUGUGGUUCCACUUUGCAUUGCAGUUAUACAGAUUCUGACAUGGACUCCCUUCUCCAUCCAGAACAGUCAUAUGACAGCCACACAUUGAAUCUUUAACACUUAGUUUGUACAGGAAGGAUCUAGAUUUUGUGUUUAAAUGUAUUAAUUCUACUAUGUACAAUUCAAAUGU